AUGGACACCGUCAUCUCCUUGCUCACGGGCCUGACGGACUCCAUGGUGAGGGCAGUAAGACACACUAGCACUUUGGCUGCCAUGAAGCUCCUGACGGCUCUCGUGAACGUGAUCUCGAACCUCGACGUCAGCCAGCGCAACGCCCAGAGGCUUUACGAGGCGGAAGAGAAGCGACUGACGGGGAGGGAGGCCGGCUGCCCUCUACGCCAGCUCGACCGAAGGAAGAAGGAGGUCAGCCCCCUCUCCUCGGGGCUUAAACGGCGGUCCGACAGAAGGGGCCGCUCCGGCUUAUCCGGGGGCCUUCUCCUUUCCCUCUUUAUGAUGCUCGGGAAGCGCUCACCCCGGGUCGGGCGCUGUCUUGGAGCGGAGACCUGUGGAAAUCGAGAACAUGGUGCACGCGCUUUUCCGAGGGACUUUCCUGUGGCGCUACAGAGACGUCAUCCCGAGAUCCGAGCCAUCUGCGUGGAGGAGAUGGGCGGCUGGCUAAGGAUGCACCCUACUAUGUUUUUAAACGACAGCUACCUGAAAUACGUCGGCUGGAUGCUCUAUGAUAAGCAGCCGGAGGUGCGGCUGAAGUGUCUCCUGGGCCUGAAAGGACUCUAUGACCGGAAGGAUCUCGCUUUCAAAAUGGACCUUUUCUCCUCCCGGUUCAAGGAGCGCGUCGUGUCCAUGACUCUGGAUAAGGACUGCAGGGUCGCCGUGGAAGCCGUGAAGCUCCUGAUGCUCAUGUCACGGAACCGUGAGGACGCGCUGUCGUCGGCCGACCGCGACGCCCUGUGCCGGCUGGUUUACGCGGUCCACAGGCCGCUGGCGGUGGCCGCCGGGGAGUUUCUGCACAAAAGGCUCCUCGAUUCCGCACCUAGCCAAGGGGAACGUGUCUCGGCGAAGGGAGGGAGGUCCGGCGUCGGCCGUCUGAAGUGGCUUCUUGCGUUCUUUCUGGAGGGAGAGAUGCACAGCCACGUCACCUACUUGGUGGACAGCCUGUGGGACUGGGCGGCGGACCUGCUGAAAGACUGGGAGUGCAUGACGGCCCUCUUACUGGGCGACGUCGGGGACGAGGAAGCCGCCCUCACCCCCGCCCAGGAGACGGCCCUGGUGGAGAUGGUCGCCGUGACCGUGCGCCAGGCGGCGGAGGGCCGCCCUCCCGCGGGGCGGGCGGCCGCCCGCAAGGUCCUCUCGGCGAAGGAGAGGAGAGUCCGGCUGGAGGACCGCGCGAGGAUCACGGCGCACUUCUCAGCCACGCUGCCCCGACUGCUGGACAAGUUCUCCGACGACGCGGGGAAAGCGGCCGACCUCUUGCGGAUCCUCCGCUACUUCGACCGGGACGCGUACGGGGGUGGAGACGCGGAGAAGCACGGGAGCGAGCUGGUGCGGCUGGUGACGGAGCUGGUGCUGAGACACCGGGACCCCGGGGUCCUGGAGGCCUGCGCCGUGGCCUUCGCCGUCCUCUGCGGCCUCGAGCCGAGCGGGCCCGGCGGGGCGGCCCCGGCCCGCGCCCGGCUGAUGGACCGGUUGGGCGCCCGCCUCGCCCGGCUGCUGGAGGAUUCCCUCGGCGAGGGAGAAGGCCUCCGUGCGGACGAAGAAGGCGUCGCCCAGAUCUCCGCCACUCUGCAAAGAAUAAGCGCGUUUUACAGCACUCACGACCUGAGCGGCCGGAACGUGAGCGGCGAGACGGAGCGGCUGCUCGCCGUCGGCGCGGAGCACGGGAGCCUCCCCGUUCAGAUCGCCCUCCCCGCCCUCCAGUGCGGCUACUUCGGCCUCCUGUGGCAGCUGGCUUCGGCCGCCGAGGGGCCGCUCUCCGAGGAUGACACGGAGGAGUUGAAGAGUCGGGUGAGGCGUUUCUGUCGGGUGUGCAGACCCUACCUCGGUCGCCCGGAGGAGGAUCUGAGCGAAAAGGCCUUCGCCCUCCUCUGCGACCUGCUGUUCGCCUCGAGUCGCCGGGGCCGGAGAGACGGCGGAGGCGCCGGCGGCCCGUUCCUGCCCCCGGACCCGGAGCUGCGGUCGGCGAUCCUCGGAUUCGUCCGGCGUCGGGUGUUGGCGGAGGAGACGGACGGGGCCUCGGGUAAAAGGGACUCGUCCGCCGGCCCCUUCCCGCCCGGAAGGGCUCCCCUCCCUCCUCUGCGCCUCCGCGGGGGAGAAGCGGGCAGGUUUACGGACCGAGGCUCUCGGUCUCGGAGCUCAAAGGUGCCCCGCGCCUCGGGCUCUUAAGGGGAAGAUGCCCGUCGGAGCGAGCGUGACGUCGGCUCUGGCGCUCCCGGCCAGGGCGGGCGAAGGAGAUCGACGGAAGGUGCCUCUUCUGGGUUGGCGGGUCCUCUCUCUCCCCGGGGGAUAAGUAAGAGGGAGCGAGGUCGGAGAGAAAAGCGGGGGCGGCUUUAAAGUUCCGGUCGGGAGGCCCAGGGGAUUCGCCCGGUCGCAUUCACGGAGCGCUCACCGUGGCGCGGGGCCGGCGGUCGAUCGAUCGGGGGCGGGGUCUCGCACGGGGCGAGCGAAACGGGCCCGGGACGC